CUAUAAAACAAUCGCGUAUCAUCACACAUUCUCAAGUUUUCUAGUAGACCACUUCGGUUGACGUUUGUGCGUUCGCUUCAAUUUCGAAAAGAAGCUUUUUUUCAAAAAUAUCCGUGUUGGUGACAAUGGUGAUAAGACGGACGGUUUUUCUGAUCAGGAACUUUAAAGGUUUCGUUUUUUAAAACGGUGUUCUGGUUUCGUAACCGAAGCAGAAGAUAUACGAAGUCAUCCCACGAGAACCAAGUCACAAAAUGAGGGAUCUGAUCAAGGGCUUUCAGAGCUUGGUUACGGAAAAGUCUAACCGUGAGGUAGACGAGGAGCGUGGACCACUACUCAGCUCGAAUGCGUCCUCCGUCAAGAGUUAUGGAACCGUGUUCGGAGUUUCCGACACCGAGCAGUCGUAUAAUGGUAGCGGCGAAGAAAAGACCGUAAGAUCCAAGAGUAUAAUGCCCAUUUCCACCAAGAUACUGAAGAAACAGCUGUCCAAAAAAUAUUCUCUCGACUUGUAUCCUAGCCAGAUCAUAGAUGCCUACUUCAACGGAGACAUACUAUCGGAAAACCUCCCGGCGAAAAAACAAGCUCAAUUCCCUUACCCCAGUCCUGAGAAGAAGGGAGAAGAAGAAGAAAAGAAGAACUCAUCGAUAGUGACAAUAUUCGCAGUAUGGAACACCAUGCUGGGUUCCUCGCUGCUGGCCAUCUCUUGGGGAAUAGAGAAAACCGGCCUAUUCCCAGGGAUCAUCCUCAAUUUCGUCAUCGGGGCGAUCUGUCUCUACACCGCUUAUCUUCUGCUUCGCGUUAAUCAGAAACACAGUGUGAUAGGAGAAAGAUGCGAGGUACCAGAGUUGUGUAAGAUGCUCAUCGGCAGAUGGGCUGAGGUACUUUCGAAAGUAUUUUCCAUGAUAGUAUUAUUUGGCGCGAACAUCGUGUACUGGAUCUUGAUGUCAAACUUCUUGUACAACCUCGUUUAUUCCAUACACGGUUUUAUUUACGACAGUCAAGAAAAUGACAAUAUAUCUGUGAUAUGCCCGAAAGAGCAACGUGCAGCCAACUUGACCAAUGUUGCAAUGUUGGCAACGGCCGACCCAGGGCCGUUCAGUUUCGAAAAAUACUGGGAUCUGUACUCCACCGUGCCUGUGAUUUUGGCUUUCAUCAUAUUUCCAAUGCUCAACUUCAAAAACGCGCAGAUUUUCAUGAGGUUCAACAGCUUGGGCACCAUUAGUAUAGUUUAUCUGAUAGGCUUUUCGUUCGUCAAGUUCUUCAGUUGGGGCAUACACUGGCCGGAAGUGUCGGUGGUGUUUUCUUUGAAGCCGACUUUCGUUGCCCUAAGCGGCAUGUUGACAAUGAGUUAUUUCAUACACAACAUCAUCAUUUCAAUGAUGAAGAAUAACAGACAUCAGGAAAACAAUGGACGAGAUCUUACGAUAGCAUUUGCAUUAGUGACUUUUACGUAUUCUGCGAUUGGAGGACUUUUGUACAUAUCGUUUCCAAUGGCUAAAUGGUGUAUAGAAGAUAAUAUCCUGAAUAACUUUGGAAAAUUUGACAAACUGGUAUUGUUUGGGAGGGCUCUCCUGUUCUUUCAACUCAGUACAGUGUUUCCUUUACUCGCCUACAUGUUACGUAAGGACAUAUUCUCGAAUUUGAGUUUUCUGCAGAAAGAUGGAGAAAAAUUCAGAUAUUUACCAGUGAUUAUCACAAAUGCCAUCCUAGUUGUGAUUUGUAUAUCAUUCGCAUGUUUCAUACCGCGUAUCGGUACGAUUAUACGGUAUAUUGGGGCUCUUAGCGGUAUGGUGUACGUUUUUAUGAUGCCGAAUUUGUUGAAUAUAUAUUCUCUCAGGAAAGAGAAUAAGUUGACUUCUUCCAGACUUGUUUUUCAUUGUACCAUAAUUGUAAUUGGUGUCCUUAAUUUAUUGUCGCAAUUCAUGAUAAGCGACGACUAAGCUUAUGUGUUUGUUUUAUUUUUAUUUUACUGAAGUGAUGGCUGCUUUUUGAGUGCGUUAUUUUUAUAUAUUUCUGAUAAUAAAUUAUAUUUUAAACUGA